AUAAAAACAACAAACUAUUUCUAUAGAUAGAUAGAUAAAGAACAGCCAAAAAUCAACACUCUGUCAUAAGCAAACCUUAGCUUUUUCUUUUAUUUUUCUCUCUCUCUUUAGUGUUUUUUUUGUAUUACUGUACUUCAUAUUCUACUUUACAGCUCAAACUUCCAUUUUCCCAUCUUUCUUUGUCUUUACUUUUUUUUUUUUUUUGAGUUAUAGAAACGUUUAGUACUCACUUGCAGAUCGAAUCUAGCAUUUUCAUCAGGGAGUAUUUCUCAUUUUCCACUGCUGGUUUCUUGGUGUUACAUCUUGUUUACUGUAUGUCAAAGGGAAUUGCAGCGCAGGCUAGUCUGUCAGAUGUGCUUCAGUAGCCUUAUUAUGCUUGACCAACGCCAAGAUGGGCGUCUUCUUUUUGAAAAUUCAGGAGCUGUUGAUUUUAGUCGUGCUAUUGCUUUGCAUUUCCUCAAGAGUUACGCUAGCUCUCAGUCCUGAUGGUCAAGCACUCGUCAACUUUAGGACCUCAAUACCUGGUUCAGAUGGUGUUCUCGAGAAGUGGAGACCAGAAGAUUCUGACCCUUGUGGCUGGAAAGGAGUACAAUGUGACCCAAAAUCAAAGAGAGUUACAUCUUUAAGCCUCCCUUAUCACAGACUGAGUGGACCCAUUUCACCAGAUAUCGCGAAGCUAGACCAGUUGCAGUUUCUAUUUCUUCAUGACAAUAAUUUCUAUGGGACAAUACCUCCUACAUUGGGAAAUUGUACAAAGCUGAAAUCCUUGUUUCUCCAGGGUAACUAUUUAAGCGGACCGAUUCCUGAUGAGUUGGGGAACCUUCCUGAGCUUGAGCAGCUAGACCUUUCAAGCAACUCUCUCAGUGGAAUCAUUCCACCAUCCCUUGGCAAGCUGAACAAUCUUGGCACUUUCAACGUGUCGACAAAUUUCUUGGUUGGGCAAAUACCUUCGGAUGGACACCUUGCCAACUUUGGAAAUGAUUCACAAGAAAACUUUUUACUUCAAAUGGCGGAAUCAUUUAAGUAUGCAGACCUCAUAGUUUUAAGUAGCAGCGCUAUAUUAUAUAUUCAGCGCUUUCUGUUUUUUUUCUUUUCAUUAUUUCACUUCAUUCCUUUCAUGUUACCUGGUAAUGUCUCAUACUUUCCAUGUUUGUCGGCCCAAAACCAAAGUAAGAAUGGUCGACUACUUAUAAGUGCAUCUGCCACUGUGGGUGCGCUGCUAUUGGUGGCACUCAUGUGUUUCUGGGGCUGUUUCCUCUACAAGAGACUGGGAAAAAAUGACGGCAAAACUCUUGGGAAGGAUAUUUGUGCAGCAUCGAUUGUGAUGUUUCAUGGAGAUUUGCCCUACUCUUCAAAGGAUAUCAUCAAAAAGUUGGAGACACUGGAUGAACAACACAUAAUUGGUUCUGGGGGGUUUGGAACUGUUUACAAGCUUGCAAUGGAUGACGGCAAUAUAUUUGCGUUGAAGAGAAUUAUCAAGAUGAAUGAAGGCUUCGAUAGAUUCUUUGAAAGGGAGCUUGAAAUUCUUGGAAGCAUUAAGCACCGGUAUCUGGUAAAUCUUCGAGGGUAUUGCAAUUCUCCAACAUCAAAGCUGUUGAUUUAUGACUUCUUAUCCGGAGGUAGCCUAGAUGAAGUUCUGCACGAGAGAUCUGAGCAACUAGACUGGGGUGCACGGCUAACUGUGAUCAUGGGAGCUGCGAAAGGGCUGGCUUAUUUACAUCACGAUUGUUCCCCUCGAGUAAUACACCGAGACAUAAAGGCUAGCAACAUUUUGCUUGAUGGCAACUUUGAGGCUCGAGUAUCUGAUUUUGGACUGGCCAAAUUACUCGGGGAUGAGGAGUCUCACAUCACAACAAUUGUAGCCGGAACAUUUGGGUAUUUAGCUCCAGAAUACAUGCAGGGUGGUAGGGCUACAGAAAAGACUGAUGUGUAUAGUUUUGGAGUCCUGGUUCUGGAAGUCAUAAGUGGAAAGCGGCCCACUGAUGCAUCAUAUAUUGAGAAGGGCUUCAAUAUCGUUGGCUGGCUGAAUUUUUUAGCGUCUGAGAAUCGACGAAUGGAGAUAGUUGAUCCGCUUUGUGAACGAGUACAGACUGAAAGCCUCGAUUCCCUACUUUCAGUUGCCACACAGUGUGUAUCUUCAAACCCCGACGAGAGGCCCACCAUGCACAGGGUUGUUCAGAUUCUUGAAUCUGAAGUCAUGACACCAUGUCCCAGUGACUUCUAUGAUUCGGAUUGAAGGCUCUAGCUGGAUGUGAAGAAAAUUAAUGAUUCGAGUUUGCAUCUGCAAUUUCAUGCAAGUAAAUAGAGGAGGGAUCCAAGCAUUUGAUGGGAUUUAAAGUCUGGAAAGAUUCUUUGUUGUACUCUAUUUUAUCGAUUCUUUCUGCAGAUACGUGACAAAAGAAGACCAUUUCAACUGCCCUCAUUCCUCAAGUUCAAAGUUGACAGCUAGUUAUCACGAGGUUCACCGUGCCUAAUUCUAUUUUUGAUUUCAUCAUUCUGCUCCAGUGCAUUGAGCUUUUAAUUUCACCAGGGGAACGGAAUCUGUACGAGUCGUAUGAGCAAUCAAAUCCCCCUUUCUUUCAUUUGCUUUUUGUUUGUGGCCUCUUUUGCUGUAAUUGUAUAUGUAAACAAUUGAAUUGAUUUGACGUCUACCUUUUGCUAAGUUAAUAUCCUUUUUGUAUAUUAUGCUUCACACAAUAGCUGAUAUAUCGGUUGACUGAAAGUAUUUUGCUUUUUUACUUUAUUUUUAUUGAUCUCUUUUAUAGUAGUACAGAUUCCCUUCCACUUAUGAUGUCAUGAAAUGGAAUUAUAUUCAGUGGAUUUUUAUGGAUU